GCUCUUUGCCAUUUCUAGGCUUCUCUUUCAGAAAUAGAAACCAGGACACAUUUCUCUCUCUCUCUCUCUCUCUCUCUCUCUGAGUUGUUGAUUCCAGUGUUGAAGCUGAUUCUGAAGCAAGCACAGUCGAGUGAAAGAUCAACGCGAUUCAGGUUCUUGAUUUCGGCGUUCGAAUAGAAGGUGUUGUUGAGCGAGGGUUCAGCUCAACUGGAUUCGUUUUCUUGAUUUCAGCGCUGAAAGAAAAAAGCUGAUUUCGAGGCCGAGCGGUUGGUGGAAUCUGAGGAGCUUUCUCGAUUUCAGCGUUGAGAGCUGAAUUUCAAGGUAUGUACGGUGUAGGGAGCUCGCAGGCGAUUUCGCGGGACGCGAAUCUCUUGUUCUCGACCACUCUGAAAAACGCAGACGGAGAAUUGCUCAAGAACAGAGAGUUCGGAAGCCUAGAUCCGUAUCAGCAGCAGCAGCAGCAGCUGAGCUCCGGCUUGUCGCGGUUCCGCUCGGCUCCGAGCUCGUUCUUUGCGGGACUCCUCCAUGGCGGCCUGGACUUUCUCGGUCACCAGCAAUCGAAUAGUCCCGUACCGGAGGCCAUGUUGGCGAGUUUCUUCUCCGGCAAUGGCGAUUCUGAGCCUCAGGAUCUGCAGUUCCCGGCGGUUGUAAAGCCCGAGACGCCGGAGCAGAUGAUUUACCGAAGUUCAGGGGAUCAACGUGAUCCGGGUAGAUCAGAGAGCGGUGAUGCUAAUCUCGACGGAUUGUAUAAGAAUUCGGUGCAAGGAAGGAUCAGCAGUAGUGGUGAUUGCUCGAAUUUGAUCAGGCAGAGCAGCUCUCCGGCUGGGUUUUUCUCUGAAAAUGGAUUUGGUGUGAUGACAGAUGCGGGAGGUUUCAGAGAGCGUAAUGGUACUGAUGGAAAAGCCGGCGCAGUUAGUAGGUUGAAUGAUCAUAUUAACUUCUCAUCCCUGCCAUCUUCUGGUUCGAGGCUCCUGCCUUGUAUUGCUGAAAAUGGGAACGAACAGAGUGGGGACUUAGGUAACGGCAACAGCAGCAGUCGGUCUUUUAUACCCAACUUUCAAAAUGAUUCUUGGAAUGCUGGGCUCACUGGCCCAAAAAGAAACAGGGAUGGUGAUGAGAGGGAGCUUUCUGGUUUCAGUUCAAUAGAAAGCCAGAAUCUGGGGUCUAGAAAUUACUCUACCGGUUUGACUCAUCACUUGAGCUUACCAAGAACGACUGCUGAGAUGGCAGCCAUUGACAAGUAUUUGCAGUUUCAGCAAGAUUCCAUCCCUUGCAAGAUCCGCGCCAAAAGAGGCUGUGCAACACACCCCCGGAGCAUUGCAGAGAGGGUUAGAAGAACACGAAUAAGCGAGCGAAUGAGGAAACUGCAAGAGCUUUUCCCCAACAUUGACAAGCAAACCAACACAGCAGAUAUGUUAGAUUUGGCAGUCGAGUACAUCAAAGACCUUCAGGAACGGGUUAAGACGCUCACUGACACCCGGGCAAGGUGCACGUGUUCGAGUAAGCAGAGACAGUUUUCGAAUGCCACCGCUUGACUGACUGACUUGCUCGUGUACAGUACAGAGAAUAAAAGUAGAGAGAGGAAGAGGAAGCUGCGCCUAAUCCAGCUCAAAAAAUGAGCUGAAAGAUGGUAUUUACAAUUACAACUGAAAUAGAAGGCUGGUUUAGUUUCAGCGCAACAAAUGUCACGGAUCAAGUAGAUCAACCAAAUGAUUCAGUGGCCUGGCUUGUAUAGCAAUAACAGAGUAGCUAGCUUUAGCUCGUGUACUCACUCUAAACUGUAUGAUUUACUUCUACGGAAAUAGUUGUUUUGCUGAGAGGUUGAACCACCUACCUUCUGAUUCUGAUUCUGAUGGUGAUGAUACUUGCAAGAACAAGUGAGUGGCAUAGAUGUUAUCCCCC